AUUCUUCAAGAGGUUUUACCAUGCCUAUGUGUCAUUGUUGACAAAUUAACGCAUAACUAUGCAAGGUUGACAAAACUUUUACGGUCUUGUACUGAAAAACUUAAAUUAGAACAAAAGCAAUUGGAAGCAGGAAACGAACUAUCUUCUGCGCGUAAUGUUAUGGUACUUCUAUUGAUUGUCGGAUUGUUAUGUAAAAAUUUUGAUUUUGACAAGAAGCGAUUAGAGAAGCCAGAUGAAAUGAAAGAACUAAAUAACAUCGAUAAGGGACCUAUUGUUGCUAUAACUUUCCAAUUAGUACUGUAUUUUUGCAAAAAAGGUUUAUCAGAAACUGUUCAGAAAAUGGCAUUACAAAGUUUAGGCUUUAUAUAUCUUUCAUAUCCAAUAAUAAUGCUAAAGCCAGAAAGCACUGAUUUAAUGGAUCGUAUAUUAAAUACUGGUGUAAUGGAUAUGAAAAUUCAGUUGAUGAAAGUAUUCUUAGAUUUCUUGGUUUCAGAACAGCAAAAAAUUAACACGGAUUUAGAAGACAAAAAAAAGAAAAAAAACGACACUGUAGAUCUUAAAGUCCUAAUAGGUAAUGCUGAUGAAUUCGCCGAAGCUGGCGUUAGCAGCUCCUUAAUGCAAAGAUACCUGGAUAGGAUAUUAGAAUGUACCUUUGAUCAUACACAAAGUUUAAAAAUUGUCGCACUAGAUGUCUUAGGCAAUAUUAUACAACAAGGCUUGGCACAUCCUGUACUGUGUAUACCAACUAUUGUUGCGAUGGAAACAAGUCCGGAACAGAACAUUCGUGAUAAGUCGUUUAAAUUACAUCAACAUUUAAACGAAAAGCAUGCUUCUUUAAUACAUUCCAGAAAUGUAGAUUGUGUUAAAAAAGCAUAUGCUUUUCAAAAGCAAUUGGUCGGUGGAAAUCCCAUAGUUGGGUAUGCAGUACGUUCUCACGAAGGAAGGCCCGAGGCUUUACUUAAUCCGAUGUAUUCUCUUCUGAAAGAUAAACGGAAGUCUCGUAAUGAUUUUCUUGUCUCUAUUGUCAAGACUUUUGACUUUGACUUAAAAAAAUGUGAUGAGUCGAAGGUGGACGUUGGCUUUUGCAAAUUUGUUGCGGAAAACCUAGCUACUAUUGAUUACAAAUCAAUUGAGGAAGUUCUUCACGUGAUUUACUUGAUCAAUCGUGUUUUGUCAGUUGUUGCAAUUAGUGUGUUACAUUCUGUUCAAAACAACAUUCAAGAGACUAUUGUAGAUAAU